AAACUGAUUUAGACGUUCGACAGUUGAAUAGUUCAUACCGACGUUAACUUUGACACAGUCAAAAGAACUGUUGUAUAUUUUUUUAUGAAAAAAAAAUUCUUAAUAUUGUUUAACAAGCCACUGAGUGGUUAACUUAGGUAGCAUCGUAUUUUAUCGUAGAGUACCAUAAAUUGAGACGGAUUCAUUUACUUAUUACUAUUGAAAUUGCGUAGUUAGAAAAAUCUUUGAUUAUCUUUUACGCGCACACGUAAAGCCAUUCAUAGUGAACUCUUAGUAGAAUAUAGGAUAAAUAAAGAAAAAAAGGAAAGUGGAUAAUAAAACAGUAACACAGAAAUUGGGCACAACAAACAAAAGUAAGGUUGCAGUCAACAACAGCUCGUAGAAAUAAAUCAUGGAAGAAGCAAUGCGUCACACAGGCGAAACACUGACAAAGUCACAAGUAAAAACGCUAAAAGAUGUGUUCAAUGUGAUAGAUUUGAAUCAUGACGGAAGGAUAUCGGAGUCAGAGCUUAAAAGGGCUUGCAAGCAACUCGGUAUACUUUUAACAAAGGAGGAGCUGAUCGAAAUAAUGAGCGAAGCCGACACAGAUGGCAAUGGGUAUAUAGAAUAUAAAGAAUUUGAAAAACUAGUAGGGCACCAACUAGUUAUUGCAAAUUACAAAAACAAACAAUUAAGAAAGGCAUUUGAAAACUUCGACAAGGACGGAGAUGGGUACAUAACAGCAACAGAAAUCAAGCAAGUUUUUCAAGAAUCUGGUGUUGAAUUAGACGACGAUGAAAUAGCAGAGCUAGUUGCUGAAGCUGAUGAAAACGGGGAUGGUGUUAUAAGUUUUGAAGAAUUUGUGAGUACUGUGUGUGAAAAGGACUGGUGACAUAGAUACACCAAUACUAGUCAACAUAGUAAAAACGGUGCUGCAAUACAUACUAUUUUAAAAACAACAACAACCGAUGAAUAAUAUGUUUGGAUUUCUGUAUGCUCACAGGGAAAAUAAACACUAAAUAUUUUUAUAUAUUGACCUUCAUGGUGACAACAAACUAAUUGAGUUUUGAAUACUUUUCUUCAAAACGAGAAACUACUACAAUGUCGUAGAAAAAUAAAUCCAGAUAAAUAUCCACAAAUAGUUGCCUAUGAUAUCAUAGUCCUUAAUCAGUGAAUUGUUCACAUAAGAUAAUGUCUUGGGUUCCAGCUAGACAAGGGAAUUAACACUGUAGAUUUGUAUUGAUACUUUUGUUUGAUUUAUUCCCCUUUAAGUAAUGAAGAGGAAAUAAUACUGUGAUACCGUUAAUUGAUAUAACCUAGAUAAAAAAGGAUAUAUGUUUCAUUUUUU